AAAAUUUAUUAUUGAAUUAGGUUAAAAAUAGUAUAAACCUAGAAAGUAUAUACAUGUACAUUGAUUGUUGAUUAUAGCAUCCCAUUUCUCUCCUAGUCCUUCCUUCCUUCCUAGCUUCACACAAUGGAGUUUGAAACCCAGUCAGCUUUACCAGAGUCUACAAUGGUGAAGCACCAUCAAACCACAGAAGAAGAAGAAGAAGAUAUUUAUAAGAUUCUCCUCCCUAACGUGGGGGACCUUCCUCCUACUCCUCCAUCGGCUGUUCAAUCCAACUUCAUCUCCUAUUUCGCCCCAGAUUUCUUGAAGCCAGGGCACGAUCAGUACGUUUAUCGUCACGCAAACGGAUUAUGCGUGAUCGGUUUGGCUUCGACGCAUCUGGCUUUUAAGGACCAAGAAGGAGGAGGUGGAGGAGGCAUCACGGCCGUAGAUUUCAAUGUCGGCAAAUCUAAUCGAAGCGAGAUGAAGGUCACCGGAAAACGCAAGAGGAACGCUCAAAUUUUAGAGCCGAAUUCGGCUCUUUGCAAAGUUUGCACCAACGAAGGGUCUUACAUUGUGAGGUGUUGCGUGAAAGGGUCUCUGUUGGAAGUAAACGAUAGACUGAUAAAGCAGCCACAGUUGCUUAAUUCAUCGGCGGAAAGAGAGGGCUAUAUAGCCAUUAUGAUGCCAAAACCGGCCGAUUGGCUCAAAGUCAAGGAUUCUUUACUGGGUUUUGAGGAGUAUAAGAAACUUAGGGAAAUUUGUUAGUUUUUCAAAAAUAAGUGUGUUUAGUUUAGAUUGUGUGAUGUAUUUAAUUAAUACAAUCAAAUGCUCUUUUAAUUGAUAAUAAGAAAAAUCAUUACAUCUUGAUUA